AACGGCUUUCUUUCCCAUCAGUUCAGUCUGCCCCGAGCUUGCUGGCUGCUACUUAGUGCUAGUGUGUCAGGCUGGGGCUGUCUGAGCCAUGAACAGCUUCAGGGGUGCCAUCCUUAUCUGGGCAGUGUCAGCAUGGGCUAAAAUGAGCAAAUGUCUGGGAGACACAGAUGAGGAUGGAUUUCAAAAAUGCAGGAAUGCCUUAAAACUACCUGUUCUGGCAGUCUUACCUGGAGGCGGCUGGGAUAAUCUGCGGAAUGUGGACAUGGGACGGGUGAUGAGCUUGACUUACACCCACUGCAGGACCACAGAGGAUGGACAGUACAUCGUCCCUGAUGAGGUCUUUACCAUUGCCCAGAAAGAGAGCAACCUGGAGAUGAACUCAAAAAUCCUGGAGUCCUGGGAGAAUUACCAGAGUAGCACCUCCUACUCCAUCAACAUGGAGCUCUCCCUUUUUUCCAAAGUCAACGGCAAGUUCUCCCCUGAGUUCCAGAGGAUGAAGACCCUUCAGGUGAAGGACCAAGCUGUAACUACCCAGGUUCAGGUAAGAAACCUGGUCUACACAGUCAAAAUCAACCCAGAUGCAGAGCUAAGCUGGGGGUUUAAGAAGGAGCUCUUGGACAUCUCUGAGCGUCUGGAGAACAACCAGACACGGAUGGCCACCUACUUGGCGGAACUCCUGGUCCUCAACUAUGGUACCCAUGUCAUCACCAGUGUGGAUGCAGGGGCUGCUCUCAUUCAGGAGGACCACAUCAGAUCUUCCUUGCUCCAGGACAGCCAGAGCAGCCGCAGUGCUGUGACAGCAUCCGCUGGAAUCACCUUCCUAAACAUCGUGAACUUCAAAUUUGAGGAGAACUACACCUCACAGAACGCCUUCACCAAGAGCUACCUCUCCAACCGAACCAACUCCAGGGUGCAAAGCAUUGGAGGGCUUCCUUUUUACCCAGGCAUCACCCUCCAGGCCUGGCAGCAGGGCAUCACCAACCACCUGGUGGCCAUGGACCGAGCUGGCCUGCCUCUGUAUUUCUUCAUCAACCCUGACAGGCUGCCUGACUUGCCAGGACCCUUGGUGAAAAAGCUGUCUAAGACAGUGGAAACUGCCGUGAGAUGCUAUUACACAUUCAACACCUACCCCGGCUGCACAGAUGUCAACUCGCCCAACUUCAAUUUCCAGGCCAACAUUGAUGACGGCUCUUGCGAGGGAAAAAUGACCAAUUUCUCCUUUGGCGGGGUUUACCAGGAAUGCACCCAGUUCUCAGGGAAUGAGGUUGUCCAGCUCUGCCGCAACUUGGAGCAGAAAAAUCCACUCACUGGCGAUUUCUCCUGCCCCGCUGGCUACAGCCCAGUCCAGCUGCUGUCCCAGACCCACGAAGAGGGUUACAACCACCUGGAAUGUCCACGGAAGUGUACCCUCCUCAUCUUCUGCAAGACGGUGUGUGAAGAUGUCUUCCGGGUGGCCAAGGCAGAAUUUAGGGCUUUUUGGUGCGUGGCCAGCGGCCAAGUACCUGAAAACUCAGGACUACUUUUUGGUGGCCUCUUCGGCAGUAAGAGCAUCAACCCUUUGACAAAUGCUCAGUCAUGCCCAGCUGGCUAUUUUCCAUUGAGACUUUUUGAACACCUCAAGGUAUGUGCCUCUCAGGACUAUGAAUUGGGAUAUAGGUUUUCCGUCCCAUUUGGUGGCUUCUUUAGCUGUGCAGCCGGGAACCCCUUGGUGGAUCCUGCCAUGUACAAAGAUUUAGGGGCACCUUCCCUAAAAAAGUGUCCAGGGGGUUUCAGCCAACACCUAGCCCUCAUCAGUGACGGGUGCCAAGUGUCUUACUGCGUCAAAGCCGGGCUUUUUACAGGAGGGUCUCUGCCUCCCGUCAGGCUCCCACCUUACACCCAACCACCCCUCAUGAGUCAGGCUGCCACUAACACUGUCCUAGUGACUAAUCUUGAGACUGCAAGCUCCUGGAUUAAAGAUUCCCAGACCCACCGCUGGAGGCUUGGAGAGCCUCUCAAGCUUCGCAGGGCCAUGAAGGUCAUCCAUGGGGACGGUAGUGGUCUGUCUGGAGGGGCAGCAGCCGGGGUCACACUGGGGGUCACCGCCGUCCUGGCAGCUGUCAUUGCCCUGGCCAUCUACGGCACCCGGAAGUACAAGAAGAGGGGAUACCAGGCGGUCCAAGACGAGAGGCAGAGUUUGGUUACAGGCACGGCCGUGAAUGGAGACGCCCUUGACCAAGAACAGGCACAGAGUCCAGCCUAGGCUCUCCCAGGAAACUAUUUCUCUCGUCUCCAGCCAGA